CCUCCUCCUUUAGCCCAGGGCCUACUUUUGCUUGCUUUCUCCUCUGUGAGUGGGCUUUGCAGCUGUAGGGCUAAGCGGGCAUCAUGGCUGCUCAGAAUGAUCUCUGUGAUGCCAUUGUGAUCGGGGCAGGCAUCCAAGGCUGCUUCACUGCAUACCACCUGGCCAAACACGGGAAGGGGGUCAUCCUGCUGGAGCAGUUUUUUCUACCACACUCCCGAGGAAGCUCCCAUGGGCAGAGCCGGAUAAUCCGGAGGGCGUACCCUGAAGACUUUUACACGCAGAUGAUGGAGGAGUGCUACCAGAUAUGGGCCCAGCUGGAGCACGAGGCUGGAACCCAGUUACACAGGCAGACCGGGCUACUGCUGCUGGGGAUGAAGGAGAAUUCAGAAUUAAAAACCAUCCAGGCUACUUUGUCUCGACAGGGGGUGGAACACCAGUGUCUUUCAGCCGAGGAACUGAAGCAACGUUUCCCCAAUGUUCGGCUGGCUAGGGGAGAAGUGGGGCUCUUGGACAAGUCUGGAGGGGUUCUCUAUGCAGACCGGGCCCUCAGAGCCCUCCAGGAUGCAAUUCGAUGUCUCGGAGGCCUAGUGUGUGAUGGAGAGAAGGUGACGGACAUAAAGCCAGGGCGACCCGUCACAGUGAGAAGUGCCUCCAGGACCUACCGAGCCAAAAGCUUGAUUAUCACAGCGGGUCCUUGGACCAACCGGCUCCUCCGUCCCCUGGGAAUUGAGCUGCCUCUCCAGACCCUGCGGAUCAGUGUGUGUUACUGGCGAGAGAAGGUUCCUGGAAGCUAUGGUGUGUCCCGGACCUUUCCUUGCUUCCUGGGCCUGGGCCUCAGCGCGGCUCCCCACCACAUCUAUGGGCUGCCCUCCGGAGAGUACCCAGGGCUGAUGAAGGUCUGCUAUCACCACGGCAACGAUGCAGAUCCUGAGGCGAGGGACUGCCCGGAAGCAUGCUCAGACAGCCAAGACGUCGGGAUCCUGAGCCGCUUUGUCAGAGAUCACUUACCUGACCUGGAGCCGCAGCCCGCCGUGGUGGAGCGCUGCCUGUACACGAACACCCCCGAUGAGCACUUCAUUCUUGAUUGCCACCCGAAGUAUGACAACAUUGUCAUUGGUGCUGGAUUCUCUGGACAUGGAUUCAAGCUCUCCCCUGUUGUGGGGAAGAUCCUGUAUGAAUUAAGCAUGAAAUUAACGCCAUCCUAUGACUUGACACCUUUUCGAAUGAGCCGCUUCCCUGACCUGGGCAAAGCCCACCUUUGACCCCUGGCCAGCGGCCUCCCUUGUGUGCACACGAGCUGGGAAUAAAGCCCUCUGGCUAUUAAAUGUCACCCGAUUCUCCUGCCUCUCUUGAAUCCCCUGUCAACACCGGAUGAUUGAGUUGACCUUCUUUCCCUGGCCAGCUCCCCAGUCCCACUACUUUUUUGCUUCCAGAAGGUCAAUCAGAUAAUUCUACCAUCACCGAGUAGCAAGAACUUUGAGAUGGAUGCUCAAUAAGGAGGAUGCCCAGGGACUGGCUCAGGGGACCCAAGCAGUUGUUACAAUUCUCUUCGCUGAGACAAUUGAUAAACUUGGGGUGGAUUUGACUAAAGGUGCCUGGGGUAAACAGGAUGAUUUGUAGAUCGCUAUCGCCCUUGGAGUUCCUUUUCCUAAGACCAGAGCCACCCUCCAUCGCAAACCCCCAUAAAAUCUGGCUCACCUUGGGUGCACAAUAAAU